AUGAAAGUUGUGACCAGUUUCGGUUACCGAGACAAGUUUCUGUUCUUCUCAGCGAAAGACGUGAGGAUCUUCGUCAUGGUUAGCGACGGUAUUGGAGAUAAGACUGGGAACCGCCUUAGGAUGAAAGAUCAUAAAGAGUACCCGGCCACUAACGCAGCAAAACUACACUGUGAACCAAGGAACAUCGAGCGUGGAGGAGCAGAUAAGAAGGAUCAGGAAGGAGGUGGGCAAGGUACCACAAGGAGCCACAUCAUCAUUAUGCGAAUGGGUAUCAAAGUCCCUCCAAUCAAGUAUCAUCGCCAAAACCUAUCCUCCAAUCCAGCAAGAUUUCAACUGAAGAUCCCUCCCUCGAUCCCUCACUCCGAGGUGCCUGAAGAGCUCGAACUCGAAGAACGCGAGUCCAAUAUAGAAGACGAAACUGGAGGAUGUUAUAAUGUCACUCCUGAUCAGGAGGAGCAGGACGCACAAUAUGCAGAAGGAGAAGCCAUACUAUCUCGUCCCAUGGAGGGCAUCGAUCCAGACAAGAAUCAUCACGAAGGGAUGCGUCAGGAGCAGACUACUGGAUUACGGUGGCGGUGUCAGCGAGAUCAGCUUCCAUGUGGAGAAUGGCAUCUUCAUACCAGGAUGCUACUGCAGCCUGGCGCCCAGCAGCAGGGAAAUGGGAAACAGCUAGAACAGCAUGUCAACAAGCGUAUGUUGAGGAUGCGACAAUGUGGACAAAUCGGGGACGCUGUUGAGUUUAUUGGGUCAAAUUGA